CAAACAUGCUUCAUAUUACGUUAACGUUGUACUAACAAUGCCGGUUCCGGCUGCUCCACGCUUCCCCCAAACACCAAUGGAAUCUGGUUACUCGCAAAUAUAUAUAAUACCUUUCGACUGAUGUACUGUACGCAUAACUAGUGCUAAGCCGGAGAAACACAGCGGUGCUGAUUAAGUUUUGUCUGCUGUUUUCCAAACUUAGGAUGGAAGGUAGCGUCGUCGUUUGUGUCUUAUUCGUAUCUCUAAUCGUGGCAACCGGCGAACAAUUGGAAGAAACCGAUAACAACAACAAAGAAGAGUUCUGUAGCAAGGAAGCAUGCGGAACAAUAAAGGUGACCAUGGGCCAAAAUAAUGAUAUAGUCUUCAGUGACGCCACGUGGUCUGUCCACGUUACCACAGCGCGAGUGCUCGAAGACGAGGAAGUAUCGGACUGCUCAGGCGCGGAAGGAUUAGGUGAGCUUCGGCUGUGUCGUGACUGGCAACGCUACGGUAGGGUAGAGGUUUGGGAGGUAGCGGAGUCAGUGAGGCUACAAUGUCACCAGGUCAAAUGGAUGCCUGUCAGUCGGGAUUUCUUCCCAACUGACUGUAUCGAUAUGGAACAUGCACACUGGUACGGAGGGGCGGAGUUACAUAAUCCAAGAUGGCCAAUCAAUGACAUCGAGAUACCAAUGCAGCCAUUUGUAUCCGAGGAUCUGUAUAUACGCCAUAAGUCAUUCGGAAACGUAUUAGAACCUUUAUGGGUCAGUUCCAAAGGACUUGGCAUAAUGGUAAGCGAUUCCUCACCGCUUCACGUAAGCCUUAAUGAAGAUCAAUCCGGCAAAAUAUGCCUCAAAGGCAACGCUUCUCAAGAUUUUCCGGCGUCUGGGAAUCAUCUCGAGUACUCGAUUUGUAAAGGCAAAAAUAUCUUGGACAUUAUCCAGUCAAUGUCAAAGAUAGCAUUUGACCGCCCAUUGGGUAUACCUGAUUUCAGGAUGGUAAGGGAACCAAUAUGGUCAACAUGGGCGCGGUACAAAACACUUAUAAAUCAAUCCAAAGUGCUAGAUUACGCUCGGGAGAUAAAAGAAUUUGGAUUCAAGAAUAGCCAGUUAGAAAUUGAUGACAUGUACACAAUAUCGUACGGAGACUUCGACUUCGAUCCCGAAAAGUUCCCAGAUCCAAGUGGAAUGAUCCAGACUCUUAAAGAGAUGGGGUACCGUGUUACAACUUGGAUACAUCCGUUCGCGAACCUGGACUCCGAAGCGUUCCUGGAAGGCGUCGAAAACGGGUACUGGUUGAUGGAUACAAGUGGACAAGUUCCUGCUUUGAUCAAGUGGUGGCAAGGAGUGGGUGCGAUUCUCGACACGACAAACCCCGAAGCGGCCGAUUGGUUCAUCAAGAGGCUUAAAACCAUGCAACAAGAAUAUGGUGUCGAUUCUUUUAAGUUUGAUGCCGGUGAAAUGACCUAUCUUCCAUCAUCCUACAGAACACACAGAACACUGAAAAAUCCGGGAUACUUCACCAAAUCAUUCGUUGAUAUUGUCAGCCAGUUCGGUGACAUGACAGAAGUUCGUUGUGGUUUUAAAAGUCAGAAUCAUCAAAUUUUCGUCAGAAUGGCUGAUAAAGACUCCAGAUGGGGAUAUGACAAUGGCCUUAAAGCUCUCAUUCCGACAACCUUAACAUUAGGUAUCCUUGGUUACCCUUACAUACUCCCUGACAUGAUCGGGGGCAAUGGCUACGGGGAGGUUAUGGUGGUUGAUGCGGUACUUCCGGAACGUGAGUUGUACAUCCGGUGGCUCCAGCUCACGGCGUACCUACCAGCGAUGCAGUUCUCGUUUGUUCCUUGGGACUACGACGACGAAGUGGUAGAGGUAGCAUUACACUUUGUGAAGAUUCACGAGGAAGUAGUCACACCGAUCUUACUACAAGCUGCAGAGAUCUCCCAAGUGUCAGGUGCUCCCCUUAUUCGGCCUUUAUGGUGGAUCGCCCCUGAGGACCAGAUCGCCCUCACCAUCGACUCUGAGUUCCUUGUAGGUGACACACUCCUCGUGGCCCCCAUCUUAGAGAACGGUCAGAGACAAAGAGAUGUUUACCUCCCUGAAGGAAUGUGGAUUGAUAAUCUUACAGGCAAAAUCGUCAAAGGUGGACAAUGGCUAACUGGAUACAAGAUCGAUUUAAAGGAAAUCGCUACUUUCUCAAGAACGGAUGCUAAUUUUCAUACCACUGUUAAUUUAUAGUAAAACAAUUAAAUAUUAACAAGUCAGCAAAAUCUUUAAUCGAACUUAAUACGUAUAAACGAGAAUAAAUGAUUAACAAAGGAAUUACACAAAGGUUCUUGGAAAAUAAGACCAAGUGUUCCGGAAGGGUUAGCGUCUCCUGCUUGGUCGAUGAUGCCAGUCAUUGUGAACCGCGGUCAAUCCAUGACAAUUGUCAUGUUCUCAAAUGAGAACCAGGAUCUGACUUGGAAACCACAAGGCAUACAUACGGACUAGUAUCGAACACAUCACCUUCAUGCCUUACAGGGAAUAGCAUAUUUCCCAAUAAGAUCUUAAUGGCGACCAUAAAACUCUUCGGUGUGUUAACAAUAUAGAUUGCAGAAACAAGGACAUACAACCUAGAAAGUGAAAAUUCACACCAGGGCAAUCGGAAGGCAAUACACGGCUGUCGUGACCUCGAAUUCUAAUUAACCGGAUACUUCUUAAAUUGUCGCUGUAUUUAUAUUUUCGUUAAAUUUUUGACCAUGUUGACACAUCUGUUGCUUCUUGUUUUAUCUGCUUGAGCCAAUGGCGUCCAAUCCUUUAAGCUAUUAGUCUAUACCAAUAUACAGUGUUGUCUUAUUGGCACGUAAGUAGAUGUAAUAUCAACAGUUAAAUAAUUCAUAACACAUCCAUUGAUAAGAGAAACAAUUCUCCAGACCUACAUUCCAAAUCAGAGAAUGAUCCAUCUUCUUCCGCUGAAGAAAUAGCAAUAACAAAAAUCCUAAUCCAAAAUGCUCUUCUUCCCUUUCUCGACCAGUCGUAAAAUGACCAUUGUACAACUAGGAGCUGAGGGAAACUUUACCUAAGAAACGUGUUAAGGA